GAAGAGCCCAACAUUUCCAAAACUAGUGUUUGUGUUGUGUCCUCCUCACACCAAAAUGGAAAAGCAAGUGAUUCUCCUUAACCUCCUCAUCCUCCUCCUCACACCACUCUUCACCACCUCCACCCACGGCAGCGCCGCCUCCUCCUCCACCUCCUCACCAUGCCCCAUGGAUCUCAGCUACGUCUCAACCUUCCCCUGGGACACCACCACCUGCAGAGGCGACCCAAUCGACACAAACCACUGUUGCCAAUCCCUCCUCAGCCUCUUCGGCAUCGGCAUGGCCCAGCACCUCAAAGAAACCUCCAUGUUCCAGCUCCGCGACGAGGCCACCGCCUCCGCGUGCCUCUCCGAUCUCCAAAUCAAGCUCUCUGCGCUCUCAAUCCAACCCUCACUGGUCCCUCAGUGCUUCCAAAACUCCACACAGUUCGUCACCAAUUCGUCAAACUGCGCAGGGAUCAACAACACCCAGGAUUGGAAGGAGAAAGUGGGAGCAGUGAGUCCCUUAGAUACUGCCUGCAAAGGGGAUAUGAGUUCACAGACGAGGUGUGGAAUUUGCACUGAUGCAGGGUUCAAGGUGAAUUCUCAGCUUCUUGGGAUUGACCCAAAUGCUACAAAGUGUUUCUACUAUUCAAUUUUGUAUGCUGGUGGGAUUGUCAAUGAGUUUGGUCCUACUGAUGUUGGAACUGCUGGUUGCAUAUUGGGUAUGCCAAUUGCAACAAAAGGGUCAUCAUCAAAUAAGGAUCAAGUUUUGAAGCUUGUUUUUGGGUUAUUGGGUGCUUUGAUUGGUGUUCUUCUUGCAUUUUUUCUGAUUAUUAUGUAUAGGAAGUGGGAUAAGAAGAGAAAGGAGAAUAAUUUUCAUAGGUCAAUUGAAAAUAGUGUGAGGGAAGCUGUUUUGCCUAAUACUGGUGCUAAAUGGUUUCAUAUAUCAGAGCUUGAGAGAGCUACUAAUAAAUUUUCACAGAGGAAUAUGGUUGGUCAAGGUGGUGAUGGGGUUGUGUACAAAGGGAGUCUUGCAGAUGGGGCUUUGAUUGCUGUUAAGGAGAUUUUUGAUUUGGAAACUAGAGGGGAUGAGGAGUUUUGCUAUGAAGUGGAGAUUAUUAGCAAAAUCAAGCAUAGGAAUCUUCUUGCUUUGAGGGGUUGUUGUGUCACAAGUGAUAAUGCUAAAGGUAAGAGGAGGUUUUUGGUUUAUGAUUACAUGCCUAAUGGGAGCCUCAGUUAUCAAUUGUCACUUGUUGGUGCUAAUUGUCUAACAUGGCCACAGAGGAAGAAUAUAAUCCUUGAUGUGGCGAAAGGGCUUGCUUAUUUGCACUAUGAAAUCAAACCCCCGAUUUACCACCGCGACAUAAAGGCUACCAACAUACUCUUGGAUUCAAAAAUGAAAGCCAAAGUUUCAGAUUUUGGGUUGGCUAAACAAGGGAAUGAAGGCCAGUCUCAUCUUACAACAAGGGUUGCUGGCACCUAUGGCUAUUUGGCACCAGAGUAUGCUCUUUAUGGACAACUAACUGAUAAAAGUGAUGUCUAUAGCUUCGGUAUUGUGAUUCUUGAAGUCAUGAGUGGGAGAAAAGUGCUUGACACUAUGAAUUCACCUGUGGUUUUGAUCACGGAUUGGGCGUGGUCACUUGCGAAAUCGGGGAUGGUGGAGGAGAUUUUCGACGAGUCGAUAAAGAAAGAAGGGCCAGAGAAGAUUAUGGAGAGGUUUGUUCUUGUCGGCAUUCUUUGCGCUCAUGCAAUGGUCGCGUUAAGGCCUACUAUUGCUGAGGCGCUUAAGAUGUUAGAAGGGGACAUUGACAUUCCCAAUUUACCAGACAGGCCUGUACCACUUGGUCAUGAAUCUUUUCAGUCUUCUCUGUUGAGUGGGAUGCAAAGUGGAAGAACAACGCCAAAUUUUUCAUCUUUUUCAACAAGCACGAGCAUAGUUUAGAUUGAAGUUGUGUGCACAAGUUUGAUUAUGGAGAUAGUCUUGGAUUAGAAUUAGAUGAGUCAGAAAUUCACGGCCACCACUUGCUGUUUGAAGGUUCUAAUUAACCUUCAAUCAAAGGCGUGCCAUAAAUAUCAUUUAUUUUUCUUUGUUUGUGUAUAAUUUUGUAAUGUGGUCAUGUACAAUUACAGAAGAAUAUUUGUUUCA